AUGGGAAAGGAUUUCUACACAAAUACGUUUGAUUCCACCACAAUUAUAGUCACCGCGACGACAGCCCUCAGUUUCUACAACUCCAUUGAGUUGAUCCUACUGAUCUUCACCACUUUCACGUCCUAUCGCGGCCUGUAUUUCUGGUCGCUUCUGAUUGCUACAUCUGGCCUUAUUCCUUACUGUAUAGGCCUCGUUCUCCACUACUUCCGCCUUGGGAACAACCUUGCUGGAUUGAUAAUCAACAAUUAUGGUUGGUGUGCUUUCGUCACUGGGCAGAGCGUUGUGCUCUAUUCGAGGUUAGGAAUAGUACUCGGAAGGGAGAACAAUCGCAUUCUCAAGUUUGUCAAGUGGAUGAUUAUUAUCGACGCGAUAUUGUUCCACGUCAGCACGACCGUUCUGGAGUUUGUCGGAAACUAUGCGGAUUCUCAUGCAGUCCGACCUGCGUAUCAGAAAGGAUACAUCUAUAUUGAAAAGAUUCAAAUGACCGGUUUCUGCAUCCAGGAGUUCAUCAUUUCAGGGCUUUAUGUGUGGAAAACACUAGACAUCCUCAAAACGCAGGAUAACGCUCCACGAUCCGGCUCUACGACUUCAGACCACAGUCCCAAGAAACACGUACACCGUGUCAUGCUUCAGCUUGUCAUCAUUAACGUCAUCAUCAUCGCGCUUGAUGUCUUACUCCUAGUCGUUGAGUAUUACGACCUCCAUAUCGUCGAAAUCUCCCUAAAGCCGUUCGUCUACAGUGUCAAGCUGAAGCUUGAGUUCGCUGUUCUGAGCAAACUGGUUGAGACAUCAUCGACCGUUCAAGCGAACAGACGAAGAUUGAGUCUCACACCGGACCUAUUUGACCCAAACGUGGCGUCAUUCGACAGCACCCGCCCAUUACCAGUACUGAAAAAUGCAACAGGUACCGACGUGGAGUUUGCUGUAGAUCCCACGCGCAAAUCUGCAAAUCUUCACCUGCGCACAACUUUAUCCGCGACCUCUACCUCGGCCUCAUCUCGACCGCAAUGGAUGGAGGACCUUGAAAAGUCAGACAUAUCGACUCACAUCGAGAAGGUCGACAAUGACAGUGAAGUAAGAAGAAGUGAGCCGCUAGCAGGACCUUUCUCGAAAGAGUAUAUGCAGGAAGAUUCAGCCGAUCUUGACCAGUACGAGCCCGCGAACUAUCGAAAACUGAGGAAGGGAUCAGAUCUACUGUACGCAGACGCCCUUCUCGCGCUCUCCAAACGGAAUCAGGGCGCAUCAUGA